ACUUGAUUUCGGCUCAUGUCCUUAUAAGACCGAACCUUGAAAAACCCGUUGUCCUCAUCACUGAUUGGCAGCCCGAGGCGAUCUCAGAGAUCUUGGCCCAGAUGGGACCUGACGGCCUCGAACACGUGGUGGAAUAUGCGUCCAAAUCGGUGUCCGCCUGUAAGCGCAACUACUCUGCCCCGACAGGGGAAUGCGACACGGUCUUGUGGGGAAUCAGUCACUUCUGGACGUACUUAUAUGGCCGGAAGUUCACGUUGGUGACCGAUCACGAAUUGUUGUUGGCAUUGAAGAAGUCCAAGGAUUACUCCGUGAAAUGUUGUUGGUCGCGAUAUUACAGUAAUCGGGAGUUGGAACACUGUAACGAGAUAUCGUUGGUGCUAGCAAAGUUGUGGCCAGAGGAGGUGGCAACCGACGGAAUGUUGGUGGGACAUCUGUGUGGCGAAAUCGCUAAGGGCGGUCGAGCAACCGUCGCCUACAAACUUCUCACGUUCUUGUCUCAACUCGUCGACGAUUUGCCGACGGACAUCAUCUCUUUUAAUCCGAGUGAUCCAGGCCAGGCUGAACCCGUUACUUUGGAGAGGAAGUUGACGCCAACUGUAAUCUGGGCGAACUGCACGGAGGACUUUGGUCAGUACUUGAGCGAUCACGACCCCACGGCUUGGUGUUUUCUGGACCUUAACGAGCUCGCGCUGGAUAACUCUGACUUUGACAAAUUCUGGAAGGCUCAUCAGGAGAACGGGGAAGUACCGCUGGACGAUGACCCAGGUCGCAUAGCCAUCGCGGGGCUGUCAGAGGAAGAAGAGUCGGAAGCCCGAUCGACUUCGAAAGAGGAAGAAGAGGUGUCCGCACCUGAGCCCCGGGAGGCUCCUCCAACUCGAGCGUUACCUGCCAUUCGGGGAGGAUCCGCUUUGAAUUUCGAAGUUCCCUCGGACGCCGCCAGUCGCCACGAUGGCGCAGCAACCUCCCGCCGGCGCCGCUGUUCCCGCUCACCAUCUCCCUCGUCCGCUCCCUCUGCGCUUCGUUCUCGUCCUGCUCCCAGCCCGGACGUUCCGUCCUCGUCCCGUCUUCCACUGCCCCCUUGAUUACCUCUCUUUCUCCCCUCUCCCCCACAUUGAAUUCCCCCUAAAUUAC